GUGGCGCCGCUCCGGCGACUGCUCGCGCAGGUGCCGCCUGAGACCGCCCGCGCCCUGAUGCCAGAGCUGCUGGACGGCGUGCAGCGGCGGGACUUCCUGGAGGUGUUGACCGUCCCGCUGCUCAACGCCGGCGGGGAUGUGGGCGCGGGCAUGGCGUCCCUGCUGCAGCUGCUCGAGCCGCGCCCUCGGCACGUGGUGCUGCUGGCAAGCAGCGUGCCCGCCGCGAAGCUUGCGGCCGUGCUCGCCGCGCCCGCGGCCAAGGCCAGGGGCAACGAUGGGGGGGAUAGGCUCAGGGGGGACGCAUUGACCCUGAAUCGCCCAUUGCUCGCCGAUAGGGGCCCGAUUCCCCCGCCCCGCCCAGGAGCGUGCGGAUUCGCCAUCGGGAGCCCAUUUCCGAUCUAUCGGCGAUGUGUCGCCGAUUCCAGGUCGAUGGGCCCCCCCAUGAGGUGCCCCCCCCUAACGUUUCCCCCCGCAAGCUCACCGCGCUGGUCGCGGCCGUGGACCCGGACCGCUUCGACGCAGCCCUCGUCCCUCUGCUGCUGGAGCCCGACGCGCUCCUCAGCGGCACGCUCGUGCCGCUCUUGCGGGCAGUGCACAGCCCGCACCUCUUGGGCCUCAUGA